UUGAUAGCGCGCUUUGUGCAACUGGAGCAACUGGAAGGCCAGCUCUUUUGGUAACAAAUUUAAGUUAGGGGUAUGAUUGAUAGUUAGAAAUAACACGCUGUCAUAUUCAUACUGGACACUAAACGCUGGCGGAAGACCAACACGUUGACACUGUAUACAUGCAACAAUGAUAGCGUUUGGAGUUAUUGCGGUGUUCUUGAUUGCACUGGUGAUCAGCGUCUUCGUCUUCAAAGUACUUCCUCUUCGCAGGAAACUACAGAAAUGGCACACGGCGCUGGAUGACAAGUUUCCACAUUACCCCAUUCACUGGCUGUGGGGAAAUCUGAAACAGAUUAAAAGUUUUCAGGCCUUUAUUGAAGACUCCAUGGUAUUUUUGAAAGAUGGAUCUCAAGCGUACAUGUUCUGGAUUGGGUUCUUCAGACCUAUGGUAGUUGUAGCCCACCCGGAGAGUGUCAGGGCCAUUCUGAAGACGUCGGAACCAAAGGCCAAGAGUGGCGGAUCAUAUGAUUUCUUGUUGCCAUGGCUAGGUGAUGGAUUAUUGGUUAGUGAUGGUAAGAAGUGGGAGAGAAACCGUCGUCUGCUGACUCCCGCCUUCCACUUCGAUAUUCUACAACCGUACCUCAAGGUUUACAACCAGGUCGCCCAGACUUUCAUGAGAAAAGUGGAGAGUGCAAGCAAGGGAGGUAACUCUGUUGAAGUGUUUGCCCCUGCAAGCCUAGCUACCCUGGACACCAUGCUCCAGUGUGCUCUGUCCUAUAAGGAGGACAUCCAGGAUCAAGGACAAAGCCAUCCUUAUGUAAAAGCUGUGAUCAGAAUAGCAUACCUGAUACUGGCAAGAGCCAUGAACAUCCUGCACUACAUCCCCAUUGUCUACAACCUCUCCGCCAACGGGAGGGAGUUUUCCAAGCUCUGUAAAUAUGUUCACGAGUUUUCAGAGGACAUCAUUACGGCCAGGAAAAAGGCACUGGAAUCAGAUCCUGAGUUACUAAACAAGCGUCGCCUGGACUUCCUGGACAUUUUGUUGUCAGCUCGAGAUGAUGAAGGUCAAGGCCUGACUGACCGGGAGAUCAGAGAUGAGGUUGACACAUUCAUGUUUGAAGGUCAUGACACUACUGCAUCAGCCAUCAGCUGGUGUCUGUACGCUCUGGCCAAGUAUCCUGCCGAGCAAGAGAAGGUUCUCCAAGACGUCCAACAGGCAGUCGGGGACAAGAAUGAAGUGGAGUGGGACGAUCUGGCCAAGCUGAAGUAUUUACCCAUAUUUAUCAUCGAUGGUGUCGAGGUUCCCAAAGGAGUCAUGGUUGACAUCAACAUUUACCAGAUGCACAGGAACUCAAAUGUCUGGCCAAAUCCCCUGGAGUUUGACACUGAGAGAUUCAGUCUUGAUUCUGCUGCAGGCAGAGACCCCUACUGUUUUGUGCCAUUCUCUGCUGGUCCCAGGAACUGCAUUGGACAGAACUUUGCUAUGAAUGAAAUAAAAGUGAUGCUGUGUCAGGCUGUUCGAAGAUUUCACAUCAAGGUAGAUCCAGAUAAACCUGCAGUGCCUUUUCCCGAGGUCGUUCUCUCGAGCAGAAAAUGGCCUCCAUCUGAAAUUCUCCAACAGGACGACAAACACAUGAAACAGUGGCUUCAGAACAGAAUUCUGUGAUUCAGAUAUUAAAUUUGAACAUCCAAUGGACUGCACAGAUCAUGCAUCUGUUUCUGCUUGAAAGAUGGCCUUGCUAUUCCACAGUGGCCAUACUGUGUUAUAUGCAGGGAGUAAGAUUAUCGUGUGUAUUUGUGUCGUAUACAGAUAUAGAAAUAGCAAUCAGCUGUGCAUACCUUCCCCUGUGACCUACCGGUGAUUUAGUAAAACAUACCCAAUAAUAUAACGAGAUGAAUUC